AUGGACGAGCAAAAGGCGAGUUACUCGGCCUUGCUGGCCGAUCAAGUCAAGCGCAUGGAGGCCAGGCAUAAAGAGGAGCUACGACCCGCGGCGCAGAAGCUCGAGCUCUCGAAUCAAGAGCUACAGUCCGCGCAGACAACGAAGCUCAACUUAGUAAAAGAGCUUAGAAAAGUUCGUGCAGAGGUCUUUCAAGCACGCCGACGCUUUGAGGCAGAGCAAUACCAGACGAAGGUAGCCCUCCAGCAAAUUAAAGUCGCACGGAGAAGAACAACGGGUCUACUUUCUCUGCUCAAUGCUGGCUUUGGCGGGGCAGAGCCGGCACGGUUCUAG